AUGAGCAAACACAGACAGGCCGCCGCAUAUAUGCAGCGCUCUCAUAACAAAAACUCACAUGCCAACAUACAAUCGUUCAAUUAUAACAUCAAAAUCAUGGCUUCGAACGAUGUUAAGGAUACAGGAAGCGACGUGGUUACUGCCUGCGGCAGUCGCGGCUUCCUGGAAUAUCUCAUGGAUCCCACCUGCCCGAUCCCUAAAUACGCCUAUCGAGGGCGAGAAGGUUUUAUACAUGACUACCAGCAUGCUAUCGAUACGUACCAGUCUACUAGCGAGUGGAUGCUGCUGACAGGUGUUACCGAUGAAGCAUUCCGCAACGAUUUUUUGGAAUCAGAAGAUAGCCCAUUUUCACGAGUCAGAACAUACGACAGCGAGCACCAGAUACUGCUCCUCAUUAUGCCGGAGUCAAACGCGCACGGCACCGCAUCCUCUGAGUUCGAUAAGCUUCUGUGUAUGGCCACCGGACGGCUGGGGUUGCAUUUGAAGUCCUUUGAAGGAUACCAUGCCAUGGAAAGAGGGGGUAAGGUGCCUGAUAGGGCCUGGCGCCCACUUCGACUCCCCCGUAACCGAUCGACUGAGUGGCCUAGUGCCGUCCUCGAAGUUAGUUACUCAGAGACCAGAAGUAAGCUUAUGGCAGACAUAAGGCGUUGGUUCCACGCCUCAGGUGGAGACGUUAAGCUGGUCUUCACCGUGGACAUAGAUCGCCACGCACCAAAGAUAGUCAUCGAACAGUGGACGCAUGAUAAGGACAGCCGUAAGCGACGGGAGCAAGUAAUCGGUAUUUCUCAGUCGAAGACUGGCGUUGUGGUCACCGGUGCACCCCUGGAAAUAUCAUUCGAAAGACUAUUUUUAUGCCCGACAAGCACUCCGGAAGAGAGCAACAUCCUAAUCCACGAGCCGGCACUGAGGAAUUAUGCUAAUCUCAUAUGGGAGGAACAAGGCUAUAAGGAGAUCUCCUUAUUGAAUAUGGAGAAGCAUCCUGAGACAGUCCCAGAAAGCGACCGUGAGGAAGAAGAUGUUCAGUUAGGAGAAGGAGUUAUAGAAAUACACGAGCCCGGAGAACAUGUGACCGAAAUUAUCUUUUGUGGAUAUGCCUUCCACAUCAAGCACGGGGUGCCCCGGGAGCACGGAGAUGAGCUAUGGGAAUUGUGGGCCACAGAAAACAUUACAUACGAGGAUAUUCCAGAGCACUUGAAAGUCUACGAGUUUACCCCAGAGGAAUAUGAUGUGUUGGAGAGAGAGGAGAAGAAUUUCAAGCGUGGUGGGUUUGUGGCCCAUUGGCAACAAGGACGAGGACAAGGAUGA